AUGUCUUCGGAUCGCUCUGGUGAAGAAUUACAGCAUUUCAAAAGUGUAUCACCGACAAUAGAUGAAGAUGGGGAUAUAUAUUACGAUCCUGUUAAUUUGGAAGAUGCUUUGGAAAGUCUAAGUAUAAAGAAUGACAGCCAAAAUUUGAAAUUAGAGUCGAAAGAUAAAGAACAUAAAUACGAAUUAAAUGUGAGUUUAGGAGACAGAGAAAUAGCGACAAAAAUAAAAGAAUACAGUAACGAUAAAGACGUAAAACCUACUGAAAUUAGAAAAUCAAUUAUCAAUAGUUUAGGAUACUUAAUUAAAAUCAUAGGAGAAACUUUAUCUACCGAAGACAUGGACGAAAUCAUUGAAGAAGACGUUAACUGCGACGGAAAUGUAGGUUUGCAUAAACUCUUAAAAAUGUUCGAGAAAGAAGACAGUUUAGACGAUGAUAUCAAUAAAAAUGAUACGAAUUCUAAUAUAAAUACACCCAAUACAGCUAACGUUCGAGAAUUAAGAAAAAGAAUGAUUUGUAUAGGUACUAUAACAAAAUCUUUGGGAAAAAAUUUAACAGAAGAAGAUCUUCAGGAUAUAUUAAAUGAAGAUUUGGAUUUACAAGAACAACCGAUCUGUAUUGACUUUGCAAAACUUUUAGAAAUUAUGGAGAAGAAAUUGUGGGGAUUCCAAUUAAGUGAAGGGAAAUUAGAAUUAGGAAAAAAGGAUAAUGUAACUGUUCGGCAUAUACAAACUGUUUUGACAUCAUUAGGAACAGUUAUGAUCGGUCUGGGGCAAACCAUUUCGGAUGAAGAAUUCGGCCAAAUCAUGAAGAGAGAUUCAUCCGAUGGAAAUUGUGACUUUUCAAAAUUGAUAUGUAAUAUGAUAGAAAAAGAGAUAAAAGAAUCCGAUUGCAGUGUCGAUAUUAUUAGAGAUUUUGGUGUUUUCGAUUCGAGAGGAACAGGUUAUACUUACGUGGACGAACUUCGAGAUGCCAUGAUGAGUGCAGGAGAUACGUUCUGUCAAAGAGAAAUGGCAGAAUGUCUAGAAGACAUAGAAGUUAAUGAAUAUGGACAGUUCAGCUACGUAGAUUAUGUCACCAAAGUGUCAAUGAAACGAAAUCAAGAGAAAUAA